CGCGCUGAAGGUCGAUAAAAAGGAGCUCCCGCCGGUGUCCGGUGCUAUCGUCACGAUGCUGCUGAAGACUGCGGCGGCGCUGUGUCUCUUGGCGGGAGUCCUCGCCGAGAAGGCUCGCUACGACAACUACAGGGUGUUCCGGCUCACACCGGCCACCCAGUCGCAGGUGGAGGCGCUCAGAGCCCUCGAGGAGAACCCAGAUGGGCUGAUGUUCUGGACGGACGUGCGGGGAUCCAACUUCUCCGUGGACGUGAUGGUGCCGCCGCACAAGACGCCCGAGUUCAGCGAGCUGAUGGACGAGCUGCGGAUGGACAGCAGCCUGUUCAUCGCCGACGUGCAGAAGCUCAUUGACGCCGAGAAACCACAAGCCGGAGCUCGUGCGACGGGUUUUGGCUGGGACAAUUACUAUCGCCUUGACAACAUCCAGGCGUGGCUGAGGUCGCUGGCGGCCGCGCACCCGGGGCAGGUGACUGUCCUCAGCGUGGGCAAGUCCACGGAGGGCCGCGACCUGCUGGGCGUCAAGGUCUCCUACAAGGCCGGCAACCCCGCCGUCAUCGUCGAGGCCGGAAUCCACGCCAGAGAGUGGAUCUCGCCUGCCACCGUCACCUACAUCCUCAACCAACUGCUGACCAGCACCAACACCACAGUGAGGAGUGUCGCCCAAAACUACGACUGGUACUUCUUCCCCACCACCAACCCCGACGGCUACGAGUACACUCACACCACAAACCGCAUGUGGCGUAAGACAAGAAGCCGCUCGAACCUGCUGUGCUAUGGAGUGGACCCCAACAGGAACUGGGGCUUCCACUGGAUGGAGGGCGGCGCCAGCUCCAGCCCUUGCUCCGACACGUACGCCGGGCCCUCGGCCUUCUCGGAGCCGGAGACCAGGCUGCUGGCGGACUACGUGAAGACCAUCCCCCGGGCCAAGGUGUACCUGUCCGUGCACAGCUACAGCCAGGUGCUGCUCGUCCCGUACGGCGUGGCCAACAUCAAGCCCAGCAACUUCGACUCGCUGAUGACAAUUGGUGAGAAGGCUGUUGCGUCAUUAGCCAAGAGAUACGGCACUGUCUUCGAUGUUGGUAACACCGUUGACCUUAUGUACGUGUCGAGCGGCGGCAGCGAGGACUGGGCCCGAGGCACGGCCCAGAUACCCAUCGCCUACUGCUACGAGCUGAGGGACCUAGGCACCUUCGGCUUCCUGCUGCCGGCCGCGCAGAUAGUGCCCUCUGGCGAGGAGACCCUGGACUCCUUCAUCACGCUCGUCACCGAGGCCAGGAAGACCUUCUAGAGCCUCUGCACCUUCUAGAGCCUCUGCACCUUCUGGAGACCUUCUAGACAUCCUAGAGCUUCUGCACCUUCUAGAGCCUCUGCACCUUCUGCACGUUCUAGACAUUCCAUACCUUCUAGACCUUUUAGACUUUCUACAACUUCUAGGUCUUCUGAACCUUCUGGACCUUCUAGACGGCCAAACUGCAUCGCGCCGUUGUCUUAACCAGGAGUGUAUGAAUCAUACUGCUACUAAUAACAGCAAUAAAAUUAUAUUCUGUAAAGCCUUA